AUGUAUGUGAAAUGGUUUGAUACAGUAAUGUUAUACUAUGUGAUUUUAGUGUAUUUAGUGAAUGUCACUUUUUGUCAUUUUCAAAUUUCCCGCCAGUUCCGUCCCCGUAUGUCCCGAUGUUCGCAGGGGACGGAACCCAGAUGACAGAUGCCUGCAUCCGCCGGAGUACAUUACAGGGGACACUGCAGGAGGGACAUCGCGGGAGCGCAGGACAAGGUAAGUGAAGAACAGAUGCUGGAGCAGUGCCGCAUGGUAAGCCCGAGUGUAGCUCGGAGUUACCGCUUUUGCUACACUCGGGAAUACCAUCAGGGAGGUUAAG